AUGGCUGGAACGAGAAGAAAUAAAUUUAAGCUUCUAGCUGAAAUAAUCAAAGAAGAUACAAGAGCUUCAACUGGACAGCCAGACGAGAUAUCUGGGUUUCCAGCAGUGAUUUUGGAACUGAUUAUUUCUCAGUUAACCUUUAAAAAUAAUAUCCGUGCUUCAGCUGUUUGUAGACGAUGGCGUGCCGUUGCGAAUGCUGUCAGAAAGGUCAAUAAACCACCUUGGCUUAUGUUUUUCCCAAAAUCUGGUGACUUGUAUGAAUUCUACGACCCUUGUCAGCGCAAAACUUAUUGGCUUGAAUUACCGGAUCUCUACAUUAUUGGCUUGAAUUACCGGAUCUCCACAGCUCUAGGCUUUGUUACGCUAAGGAUGGCUGGUUUGUUGGGGGUUUAUAACCCCGAUGAAAGUACUUGGGAUGUUCAUUCUGUUCCUCCACCCAGAUGUCCCGAGGGAUUUUGCUUCAGAAAAUGGUGGAAAGGAAGAUUUAUGGCCGAGCAUAACGGGGAUAUUUUUGUUAUAUACAUUUGUUCUGCUUUAAACCCAGUGGUAUAUAAGUUAGACCAAACAAAUAAAGAAUGGACAGAGAUGGAAACUUGGGAAGGCACGACACUGUUUGCAAGUUUCUUGUCAUCCCAAGCAAGGAUGGGUCUCAAUGGAAUGAUGAAAAACAAUGUUUAUUUCCCUAAGGUUCUAUAUUAUGGAAAACGAUGCGUAUAUUACUCUCUUGAAAGUGGUAGAUAUCAUCCCCGCCAGUGCUAUGAUUGGGCAGAACAAGAUCCUCAUGAGAGCAUUUGGAUUGACGCCCCAGAAGAUCAAUCAGCCUUUCUUUGA